AUGAGCCAACAAAUAUAUCAUCACUAAACCCAAGAUCCUAUCUCUAGCACAUAGAGCUCUGAUGGAGAAGAUUAUGUCCCAAAAAGAAUAGUUUCCAAAUUAAAUACAAGAAAAGUUCACAAAAUCCCUAUAGAACAAUAGAUAUAGUUGUUUAGAGAGGUAUUUUAAGAGGGCAAAUAGAUAAAGUAGGUUGCGAAAGCUUUGGAUCUCAAUUAUUCUAGUGCUAAAUCUCUUAUUCAUUAUUACAAAAAUAAUAAACGGUCAAUUCCAGUUGUUAUUCUUGAUGUGCUUAAUACGAAAAAAUUAGCAGGAUAUAAGACUUCUUAAACAAUACCUUAAGCAAAUAAUCUAAAAAUAGAAGUGAGGGAAAAUAAUACGCUCAUUCGUUCCUAUAGCUUUUAUGAACAUCUAGCAACAAACAACUGA